CACCCUCCAACUCCCACCUUCCACUUCCCACCUCCCCAUCUUCUUUCACCCUUCACUUGACUGGCUCUUCUCUCUCCCCCGGCCCUCUCCCUUGGCCUGGAUGCUUCGUGCCGACUCACUCUGACAGCUCCUUGUUCGGGCGUCCAUUACGUUAAUACUGAACUGUUAUGAUUACGACUUGUCAUUGAAUGAUGCCCCAUUGGUUUUAACGAAGAUAUGCUACCCUCACAGUUAAAUGGCUCCCCUAAACGGGCCAAUCCCUUCAAUCGCGGAUCGCCGUCGCCGUCGCCCUCCCCCGGUCUACAGACAAGAGCUGCGCGUCCCAAGUCGGCCGUGUUGACGCCCCCCGGGAAAUUCGAAGAGGCCCGCGGCCACUUUCGCAACUCGUCCUCUAUAUCGCACUCCCCGUCCCCGCUGGUAGUCCGGACAACGAAUCGUGAGCGGUCCGGUCCAUUACGGAACGAUGUGGCGUCAGGAACCUUUGCGCCAGACUUUAUUAAAUCGGAAGAACUCCGCCGAGGGGCGGAUCAGAUUCGGGGCCAAGAAGGCGACAAUGAUUUUUCGGGCAACAAAUAUGUCUGGCUACGCGACCCGGAAAAGGCGUUCGUGCGAGGCCUUGUGCUGGAAGAAGGGGAAGGGGGCCGAUUGGUAGUCCAGACCGAUGAUGGAGAGGUAUAACUGCUUAGUCUAUGUGUGAUUGGGGUGGGAUCGCUUACUGGAUAACAGCAAAGGGAGGUAGAGGCCGACCAGGUUGACAAGGUCAACCCCGCCAAGUUCGAUAAAGCCGAUGAUAUGGCAGAGCUCACCCACCUGAAUGAAGCCUCCGUGGUACACAACCUACAUACCCGAUACCAGUCAGAUCUUA